AUGGUGGAGGAUAUUUGGAACCUGGAGUUUAGGACAGAGAAUGAGGCUUGCCAAUUUGAUAACACUUAUGCUUGUUGGCAUGGAUUUGUAAUGAGGAAGGACGACGUCGUUAGGAAUAACGAAGGUAGAAUCAUUUGUAGGCAACUUGUUUGCAGUAAGGAUGGGCUGGAAGAAUAUGAGAAUGGUGGAUAUCGUCAUGCUGGCUUCACACGCAAAGACUUAUACAACCACAUUGAUCGUUAUCGUAGAUCAAAAGUAAAAAAUGGGGAUGCCAAUGCAACAAUAAACUAUUUGAUUGAUAUUGUUGCCUUUGAUUCAACGUACAAGAAGAAUAAAUAUAACAAACCUUUAGUCAUUUUCUCCGGAUACAAUCAUCAUGGACAGACUGUUAUCUUCAGCUCCGGCCUACUAUCCGACGAAACCACAGACACGUAUAAGUGGUUGUUGGAAACGUUUGUUGAAGCCAUGGGUGGGAAAAGUCCUAAAGCAGUAAUAACUGACGGAGACCUUGCCAUGCGAGAUGCAAUAAAAAAUGUUCUAACUGAUGCGUCCCAUCGGUUAGGCAGAUGGUAUCUUCAGAGAAAUGCAUGUGAAAAUAUAAAGAAUCAUAAUUUCCUAUGGGAUUUUAAGGGUCUUAUAUACGAUAACAACGACUGCAGAGAUUUUGAUCGAAGAUGGGCAGCCAUUUUGGAUAAGCACAACCUUGUUGGGAGUACCUGGAUGGAAAAGACGUACAAAACUCAUGCGAUGUGGUCCCAUUGUUUCCUACGGGAUAAGUUUUUCAGGUACAUAAGGACGACGUCACAGUGUGAAGAUAUAAAUUCUCUCAUCAAAUUUUAUGUUAAUCGCAAGAAUACCUUCAUUGACUUCAUGCAUAACCUGGAUAGGGCCUUAAAGGAGUAUAGAAACAAUAAAUUAAUAGCUGACUUUAAGUCUCAAUGCUCUAAGCCAGUGAUGAUUACCUCGUUGGAGGUAUAUGAAAGAUUUACAUCAUGUUAUUUCACUCGAAACAUUUUUAAGAAAAUUCGUAAUGAGAUUCAGAGGGCAGGGGCUUUGAAUAUCAAGAUACUAAGCACAACCUUGGAGAAGGUUGAGUUCAGUGUGACUGCUCUCGGAGACCCGGCCAGAGAUCGACGGGUGGAAGUCGAUAGAAGUAAAAAUCUGUUCUCGUGCUUGUGCAAGCUGUUUGAAUCACGUGGUAUUCCCUGUAGUCACUUUUUCUGUGCCAUGAAGUUCAAAUACAUCUUUGAGUUUUCAGAUUCGUUGAUCUACAAAAAGUGGACAAAGAAUGCAAAGAACGAUUUUAUUAUCACAUAA